UUCUCAAGCGCUCGUCUGUCUGAAAUAGCCUACGAUAUAAGAACAUAUGGGGAUUUUGAAGUGUAUUCGGAACCAACAUGAUUCGCCAAGGAAGGGACGAGAUGUCAUGUCCACAUGGAAAACUAAAACUAGUUGUGAGACUGUUAAAAUAGAAUAUUAUCGUAUGUCUGAACCGUUCAUAAAGCCUGAGUUGUCUACUACAAUGGUAAACCGGUUAAGGAAUACAUUAGGAUCAAAGGAGACAUUUCUACAGAAGCAAAACACCUUGGGCAUUUUCAACAUUAUAAAAGACCUAGCAACACAGUUAAACAGUCACAGCAAAGGUUUCUGGAAAGCCCCAAUCUUUUAA